CCCAGGCGCAUAUUCAUGGCGUGUUAUGACAACUUGCAUACCAGGGAUGGGACCGUAAAGUGGUAGCAAUGCUUUCAAAACUACCUGUCGCAUUCUUUACCAAAUUAUUUGAAGGCUUAAAACCAUUUUUACGAGCAGAUUUUCUUUUCCAGAAAUUAAAAAAUAAUGCUAUUUACGUCAUAAAAUUUGGAGAAAACCGUGUAUACAAAGUUACUUAUUUGAGGGUACCCUGCUGAUAUGAGCGGCCACAGUGAUCACGCAUAGCGCGCGUGAUCGAUCUCGGAGAUCACGCGGUCGUCCUUGUGUGAUGGCGAUUGAGUGCGGGACGACAUUGUUUGAUGGAAGCUUGGCGUUAUAGUGCGUUAAAUACGCACUUUCUAAACUUGCAGCAGAAGCUAUUGUCAACGAUGCAAACUUCAAAAGCUAAAACUUCAGUUAGUAUUGAACCAAUGGAUGAUGAUUUCUACAAUAACAAUAUAACCAAUACAAAGACUGGUGUUAAGCGAAGAGCGGCAGGUGAUCUACAAAGUGGAAUAUCUGAGGGUAAGUGUGUAAAAAAUGACAGGACACUCCCAUGGUCCACGGACUCUUGUUUGAAACUAGAUGUGUAUACACAGACAGAUUCUUCAUUUGUUGCAGACAACUACACAAAAUCCAUGUGCUAUCUCAGUGAUAUGGUCCAAGCAAACAACAAAAAACUGGAGAAUAUUGAAAAGUUUCUAGACAACCUUGGUUGCAAGAUUGAAAGCUUUCUGGCCAGUGACUUGGGCACACUGACCAAAACAAAAAAGAGGAAAGCAGAUGUGAUGUCGCUAAGUCACCCAAUAACACCUGAGGCAGACAGUGGGAUGCCUGUGCCCACAGCCGCCAACAGGUCACCUAACAACGUUGAAGGAAACCCCAGGGAUACCAACACACCAGCUCUAGCAGACAGCACUAAGUCUCCUAGUAUGUGCUUGUCACCUGGGUUGAGUCCACAUGCUUCUCGGACGGAGGGUCCAGUCAGCAUGUACAAUUCCGUGGGGUGGAGCCAAGGUUUUCAGCAGGGGCUUGAUGCCAUAUCAAGACAAAUUCCACAGUCGGGUCAACAAGAGCUGCAACCCAGAUUGGGGGCAGCUUUAGGACAGGAAGCCGAAUCGGCGUCCAGGUCUGCUACACAAGAAACAAAGCUGGAACCACUGUCCAAGGGUGCAGAAAGAGACGAACUGGAAGGUGACGUGGAGGUGCUUGUUCCAGUUAUUGUGUCGUUGGGCGAUAAAGAAAGGAGAAGCAUUACUACAGAAGUUCAGCUAAAAGAUAUUCUUAAUGGAGCUUCCUGUGCAUUGGAAGGCCUAGAGCACGUGUCUUAUUCGCGUGGCAGCUGGCUUGGCGACAAGACCAACCCUCUGUCGCGUGUGUGGUACUGUGGCAAUCCUAAGAUACUGAGCCGUUCAGAAGCGUCAGGCUCCAAUCCCGCCAAACUCUCCCUCAAUUUGCUGGAGGCGUUUUUCGUCAGGGAAGAAAUGGCAGCGUCCAACAUCAAUGGAGCGCGUGGGAGAGAACUGCUUGAUCCAAUCAAAAUAAAGGGCAUUCAAGUUCAUAUAAAUUACAAGUUUCCAAUCGAUCCCGACAAAGAAGAGCUACGUUGGCAGUUUCUAAAACCCCGAAUUGACAGCAAAUGCCGUGCGCAGCGCCGGCUGCAACGGGAAGCACAAGCGAGACUAGACAGCUCUCCACGCGGGGCGGGGCCCCCGUUACGGACACCACGCUCCCGCAUGCCUCGGGUCGACCCCAGGGAGAAAGAUCAGUUGUUGUAUGGAUACAGUAGAACCACUGACCUUGGGCUUACGUCUCCUCGGCCGCAAUUAGCCGGGGAUGAUUGUCAAGAGACUGGGACGGACGUUGGUGAAAAACAUUUAAGUGGUGCUAUUAGUGGUUUGGACCAAUUACAAGCCAAUGAAGCUAUCGUGGAGGUAGCUGGGAUCUCUGUGACUGUAGGUGAAAUGACGGGAUGAUAGCAACAAACGUUCACCAUGUUGGAGGACAAUUUGUACCAGGAAGGUAAACGAAAGCAUUAGCGAUAACUAACGGCUUGAUCACGCGUAUGCAACAAAUCAGUGUAAAGCGAUCGAGGCGAAAGGAAUCAAUUUUGAGAAGUUCAUAAUCGUUCCUAUAUACAAAUGAUAGCAAGGCAAGCCUCAAGUGCAUUUGUUCAGCUGUGAAAAACAGAACUCGAUAAAUAACAUGAACAUGUUGGGAAGUCAAAAGUUACGAAAUGAUAGCAAGGACGAUGAUUUGCAGUGUGGAAGAACUUGAGUUCCAGUUAAGAAGUGUUCUGAAAUGAAACGUACCGAAGGUUAUCUUCGUUGUUUUAGUUUGACGUAUUGCCUCUCUCUGCUCAUUAUUGAUCCUAGAUACCUUAAUUAUUCCAUGUUAGUUACUGCCUGGCGAGUCCGUCUUUGGAGAAUACCGUUGACUAAAUAAAUUGUUUAUCAAUUGAGGAGUUAAUAUAAUUUGUGAUAAUCCUGAAUUAGCCUAGAAUACUAUUUUGGCGGCAUGGAGCAGAGGGUUGGGCCGUGGGGCGGGUUCGAGGAGCGCAGUGUAUAGUGGGAUUAGAGUUUAAAAUUAGUUGCCGUGAGACUAUUGAAGAUCAAUGUACAGAGGCUUGAUUUCCGCCGCUCAGUCGAGUCCGGUUUCCGUUUCUUCCCGAGAGAGCUCAGGUUCGGAGGAGGAGCGCGGGGUCCUUUCUCGAACAGCGGCAGCGGCUGGUAUCUGAUCGAGACUCAUCGAGCCUAAGAUCAAUGCAACCCUGGCGAGUUAUGAAAAGUCACCAGAAACAUGUUUAUUCCAUAAAUUUGACGCUAUUUUACUGUCAUAUUAUUUUAACCUCGUUCUAGGGACCUCUUGUCCUGGGAACGAGGCUAAAAAGAUGGUGGAAGGAGAGAAAUCAUUCUUGACGUCACAGUGAGUUUGUGUAUACAUAAUGAGAUCAGAACCAUUCUCGUGCCCAGAGCCUCCGUUUCUUUUGGUCACAUGGUCGGCGAAAUGAAGGACGUUUUAAAACGAGUAGCACUGGAGACGAAAAUAAAUCAGAUCUUGUACGCGACUCGAAAAUUAAUGAGUUACCCCCGACACCAAUAUCCGGCUUCAUUAGCAGCCCUUACUUCCGUUUUAGAGAUUUGUCAAAGAAUUCUAAAGACACUCAGUCGUGUAAAAAGGUUUAACAAGGUAUUGUUAAUAAAAAGCGGCAUGACUGUGCAUAUCACGAUUGAAUAAUGGCACUUCGUUUUCCGGUAUAUUGCUAGCCAACUUAACAAUCAGUGCAGGAGUUAUUAAACAGUUUUCAAUAGGAGCCUGUACGAGAUUUAAGCACAGUUAAGCAGUUAUCAGGCGGCGAAAAACCGUUUCACUGCUUGCGUGCAUUCCUUAGUCCCUCUUGUUCAAACUGCCUAGCAACCAAGAGGCCAGACUACCGGUGGUCAAAAUCAUAAUAUCACUUUUGAAUUGUUCCGUAAAUGUUUGCACAAUUUUCGUGCUAACCUCGGCCGAAGGGUCACGGCAAAGAUAGCUGCAAAUGAGGAAGCUCUUUAUCAAUUCAGCCAGUUAUUAAAUUAGUUCGAUUACACAGGGAAAUUGUAAUGUUAAAUUGUAAUCGGUGCAAUUUGUUUGCCGUGCAAAUGGCUGUUGCUUGUUGUUUUGUCUUCUUUUUAAAGGCGCAUUUUUUUUUUCUUGCAGCUUCGUUUCUCGUGAUCCACUACCAGUUGUUUGGUUGUUUUUCAACUCUUUUUAUAUUAAAACAGUCAUUAUUUCGGAAACAGGUGGCGGUUUACAAGAAAACAACUCUUUGCCGCUCAACAUCAUUAUACUCGCCACACGCCAAGCGUUCGACGGACUCUUAGAACUAACGGAAAAACUACCAGUUGCAAAAGCGAGUCUUAAAUUAACCGCUGCAAGAUCGUUACAAACCGAACCCAUUUGAAAUCACAUAAGGGAGCACCACAAGGGUUUUCUUUUCUAAUUCCCCUGGGCCCUUUAACAUUUCAUUAAGUAAUUAAAUGCUAAGCAGAAAUGUCACUGUCGACACAGCGAAAUUCCUGAAGGAAUUAAUUUGCUUUAAAAAGCUAAGCUCAAACAAAUAAUGGACUCUUAUCAAGCCUGAUUUUCCCACGCUUUCUGUUUACAGUCUCCUCAAUUUGCGCUAAGGAUGCACGUGUUUUAGGUACCCCUGCUGACAGCUACACAAGCUUUCGUUCCUGUCCUAACCUCUACCCGCAAUCAACCAACACUGGCUUUUAGAAAAACAGGCUGGUUAGGGUUUAAUCUGCUUUCGGUUUCUUGGCCCGCUGAUAUGCAUUGCUAUACACAGUAGCGCUGUAUGCGUCGGUCCUUGUAAACAUUCCUUAAUGAAGUGCGCAUAAGUUUUCGAGUCUCGCCGCGCACAAGACCUGCAGCCAGAUGUUUUCGCCCCUAAUGUUUCGCGUCCGAUAGGAACAUAAAAUACCUUAACAUGGCUUUUUUAUUCUCUUUUUUAGUGCGCGUGAUUCCCGCUCGCUUUUCGUGUUUUGCUGUUACCUUGACGAUUUCAAAAAUAGCUUGGUUGUAAAUGAAUUUUUCACAACUUCAAAUGAUAUCGGACACGAAAUAUUGUCAAAGUUCCCACGAUCCAUUGUGCACAUACGGCCUUAUUACAGCGAACAAUGCACCAACGGCGCCUUGUGUUGUUGUUGACGAUGUCUUGAACAAUAGCAGGAGCAAAUUUCACUGCACACCUGUGUUCAUAAAAGAUAUCUAAGUAACGCUUCAGUGCUGUCAUUAUGUCCAAGUGAAAGAUAGUAAGUGACUUUGGCGCCUCGGACAGAAUUGUUCAUUUGUUAUCCAUCAAAGCGGAGCGACAACAUUUUGACAACUUUAAACGUUCCGUUACUGCGCUUCAGUCAGUUGUGCAAAGAAACGUUCUGGAAGCCAAACGUACGGGAACGCGCGCGUUCAAAUGGCUUGGUCUAACAAAUUUUUUUAUGGGAAGGUCAGCGUUGCGGAAAUACUUCAGUGAUGUCAUCAGCAAACUCAUGUUUAUAGAUAAGUUUGGAGGAGUGACUCAAGAUGCAAAGAAUACAAUGGGCGUAAUAUCUUCGUUGGCAGAAAACAAUAAACAAAUCGUGCUAUUAAAUCUUCGCGUCGGUCCGACCCGGCCAGUACGAGUUUAGCCUCAGCUGUUAACACAACAAUAUUCUAAGAGCAGAAGUUUUUUACUUUCCUGACGAAAGCGCUAACAAGAAAUGGCUAUCAAAAUGCAAGACAGUGUGAAGUACAUCACAGAGAUCAAUUCCAAUGUUGGGGAGCGCAUGGACACUGAUGGAUAUGAAAGUUUGGAGCCGGUGGAAUGCGCUUUCAAGGCGCUCAGAGAGAUCUUACCACAGAACGAAAGCCGUGAGAAUCUCUCGGAACUUGAAGUGCUGAAGCUUGCCAUGGAGUAUAUCCACGACCUGGAACAAAUUCUACAUUUCGAAAGUACCAACAACUUUCAGUGAAGCAGAUACGCGAGGGAAUCGAGCCUCUAAACAAAUUCUUCUUGUGCGCGGAGUUUAGAUUUGCCCAACAAACUCAAGAACUUUCUGGAGAGCGCCUUUCUUGAUAGAGUUCGUGUUGAUACGAACGAAGUUUGUCGACGAUGGUUCAGGAAUAGUUUACCAUUAGGAUAAGAACCAUCUUGGGAUGUCAAGUGCCUCUUUCCGAAGAAAGUGAACAAGUUUAAAUACUUUAACACAGUUUUCGAACGUUGCUGUAGCUACUGAAUUACUAGAACGAGAAUUAUAUUAAUUAUUUUAGAACACCUUAUGAGAACACUAAAACAAUUUUCCCCACAUCCACAAUUAUAGUUAUAUCCAGUUUUAUGGAAGAGCAAGCUAAGACGUUAGAGUUUUAUUAUAUACUGUGUAUAUUUUUGUAAAGCGUAGCGCAAAUCAUGUAUAUAUUAGAGCGUGCCCCAGUUACACAUGCAGAGAGAGAAAUCGUCGCUAGAAUUUGUACAGAAAGUUUGAGAAUCUCAACAUGUUAUGUGCAUAGAUAUUUUGAUUGAAGUGAAAUACAGAAAGAUUGAAGUUUUGCUGCA